CACCAAGUUUGAUUGUGAUUCUGAAGCAAAGAACAGACUUUUUCUCUUUGUUUCGACGAAUCGAUCUUGCUUUGGGUUGUGCUCUGCUUGAGAAUCUCGGCGGCCAUGGUUGGGCUUCGGUCCUCGAGCUCGGAGAUGGAUCUCGACCGUCCUAACAUUGAGGAGUACCUCACCCCGGACUCCAUCCAGGAAUCUCCCAAGAAGCUCCACUUGCGUGACUUGCUUGACAUAUCUCCGACGCUGGCGGAAGCUGCAGGAGCCAUCAUUGAUGAUUCCUUCACCCGUUGCUUUAAAUCCAAUCCGCCAGAACCAUGGAAUUGGAAUAUAUAUUUAUUUCCUCUUUGGUGUUUAGGUCUGGUUGUUAGAUAUGGGUUUCUUUUCCCACUGAGAGUUGCAGUCUUGGCUGCAGGGUGGAUAGUGUUUUUUGCAGCCUUCUUUCCUGUACAUUUCUUAUUACGGGGGCAUAAUAAAUGGAGGCGCAAGAUAGAGAGGAAAUUGGUGGAGAUGAUGUGCAGUGUCUUUGUUGCUUCAUGGACAGGAGUGGUCAAGUACCAUGGACCUCGUCCUAGCAUCAGACCUCAGCAGGUAUUUGUCGCCAACCAUACUUCCAUGAUUGAUUUCAUCAUUUUAGAGCAGAUUUCUGCUUUCGCUGUUAUAAUGCAAAAACAUCCUGGAUGGGUUGGAUUUAUACAGAAAACAAUUUUGGAAAGUGUUGGGUGCAUUUGGUUCAACCGUACAGAGUCCAAAGAUCGUGAAACUGUGGCUAGAAAGUUAAGGGAGCAUGUUCAUGGAGUUGAUAAUAACCCUCUUCUUAUAUUUCCUGAAGGAACCUGUGUAAAUAAUGAUUACACAGUGAUGUUCAAGAAGGGUGCUUUCGAGCUUGGUUGUGCUGUCUGUCCAAUAGCGAUAAAGUACAACAAGAUCUUUGUGGAUGCCUUUUGGAACAGUAAGAAGCAAUCUUUCACAAUGCAUCUGGUUCGGCUAAUGACAUCAUGGGCUGUUGUCUGUGAUGUUUGGUACCUGGAACCUCAGUAUUUGAGACCUGGAGAGACACCCAUUGAAUUCGCUGAAAGAGUGAGAGACAUGAUUUCGGCACGCGCUGGUCUCAAAAAAGUUCCUUGGGAUGGAUACCUGAAAUACUACCGUCCCAGCCCGAAGCUUACAGAACGCAAGCAGCAGAUAUUCGCAGAGUCGGUCUUGCGUCGAUUGGAUGAGAAAUGAAGCCUUCUCUUGCACCGUAUGCACAUUUUCUCUCAUCAAUGCUGCAUGCAGAGCUCUCUGUUAUUUUCUGUUUUUCUGAUGUUUUGUAUCAUCCCUGCAAAUCAUCAUUUUGCAUAUUCCUUCAAUAAGAAACCACAUAAAUUCCCUACUCAUGC